GACCUAAACGGACUUGAUUAACUACACAGACCUGAGACCACGGUGCCUCAUUUUUGCAAGAAGAAACAUAUCUCUCGGCACAUCUAAGAUCGGGUCCGACAUUUGUGCGAGAUUGCGAAUCCGCUUGGGGAGAUUGAUUUCAUCGACAGUGGCUCCGACCUGGGGGAUCCUGUUCGAUCUCUUGAAUCUUCAUCUGUUUUGACCUCAGAGGAUCUGGAUCUGAAACGGCCACCACGGAUACAUCCAUCCUUCAUAGAUACAUAAUAUCGUCCAACGGUCGAACUUUAUUUCCGAGUCAUGAAAAUGUCCCUGUGCAUGUCUUUCCCUGAGGCCUCCUCACCUCACAUGGCGCCUCCUCGGCUCUGCUGACAAAAUACGUAAUUUCGCACUCACUUUCCAUUGUGAGCGCAUUCCACAAUAGUACUAUCCUCCCACCUCUAGAGUUUUCAAAGCUCACCUACAGCACCAGGCGCCCUCAAACCAGACUUAUCCAGGCGACCCGCGACAAGCCGGCCCAGCCGCGCCCGGAAAGGUGAAACCCGGCGUGCCGAGUCAGUGUGAAACAUGGUCUAACGACCACUCGAUCUAGAUACCAUGGAAGUAGCUAACGACGCACGGCCCCCAUGCAUGUCUUGUUACGCACAUGUCUCCUUGAUCUAGCUCGAGUGGUCGUUGGGUGAUCAGUGCUCAGGCGCAGAGCCGCCGCCCCCUGGCCUCGAUCUCGAGAUAGAGAUGGGGAUGGGUGGGUGGUGCGACGUUGCCAGCUGCUGAAAAGGCAAGACGGGAUGCGGCGCGUAUUUUGACUGGAAAUGGAUGAAUCUGGCUGCGGUCGGAUUUCGCUAUUUUUGGUCGUGUUGGUUUUUCGCUUGAAGCUGCUGGUGCGCUGCGGGAUCGCUAAGCGCCGGACCGUGAGAUGAAACCACUCAGCCUGAUCUUCUGGCGUUUCGACAUCGCGAACUACGACAGUACUUGGUAUGUGCCGCAGCACUUGCAUGGUGGAGGGGAGGCUGGUUCAUGUUGGAAUUCUGAUGCUGAGGCCCGCUAUAUAGCGGAUUGAGGACAGCGACACGAUGAGCGUCUCUGCGCGUGUGAUGCACGCUCUUCGGCCGUUGACUAUUGAUCACCGAUGGAAACCCGGAGCAAACUGGUACCGGCCGGCCAGGGCUGCUGGCCCUUCCUGCCGUACUGGUUGGCGUUAUUCGCAUCGUCGUACGUCGCCCACAGCGCUCGAGCAGUAUUGAUGAUAUCGGGGAUGGAAUGCCGAUGUGGCCACGAGGUAUGCUCCUUGAAACCCUUGCGCUUGAAGGGUAUCGCUAAACUUGGGGAAGAGCUAUGGAAUAGAGAGCUUUCGUUCCAUGUUGCCGCGCGCACGCUCCGGAAAUCCCGUGCCCAUGCUGUACAUCGUCUUUCAAACCAUGAUUCUGGCCUCUCUCCUGUAUAUCCUAUCUGUUCAGUUCUGCUUGGCAAAUAGAGAGGGGACACACGUCCUCUCUGCCUCGAUCGAGGGCACCGAAGAGAUGACAAACCAAUAUACGGUCGGCGACUACGGAUUCCAUGUGACUCACGAUGGGGAUACCGAGACAGAAGAGUCCGACCCCGGGUACGCAUCGCGGGACUAUAACGCCGAAAGGGCCGGAGAUAGUCGCAGUACCACCUCGGAUGGGGCACAGCAGACAGACGCCGAACGUCGCCCGGAAGACUCGAACUACCAAAUCAUCUUGGAUGAAUCCAACUUUGCCCUUCUUGAUGACGAAGUCAAGAUGGUCAUCGAGCAUGGCAAUCCCGCUGCUCUCCACCACAUCCUACCACUCUACUUCUCGCAUAACUCCAGACCAAGGGUGUUCAUCCAGCUGCUGGGCCACGUCAGCUUUCGUCGCGACGCGGGCGCGCUGCGGACAUGCCUCGCAUGGAUCAGAGAGUAUCACGAAGCCAUCAUGCUCGAACUCUCAAACCAAUAUGGGCUGAUGAGACUGAUCGUCUACGCAAUGGAGCGCCAGUACGACGAUAUCGUCGCUGUCCUCUUCGAGUUCUUUCCGCAGGACACGUGCGACACGAUCUACUGCUCGGGGAUGUUCACGAUCAUCAACGACUCGCUUUCAGGCCUCAGGACCGUCUGGCCGUAUCUGAGAAGUAACCAGGCAUUCUUGCGGGAGAGCCUCCGAGAGGCAGCCUGGAAGAACCAGAAGGAUAUGGUUCGGUUCAUGGUUGGUUCUCAGAGUGGUCGUUGUGCGGGAGAUUUUGAGGAUGCCCUCCGGGCAGCUAUCUAUCACCGAGACGUUGAGAUGGUCGGGUUCUGGUUGAAUGAGUCUGUGGAUCCCCGGGACCCCAUGACGCCGCGGGAUGGGGAUACGCAGUCAGCAAACUUCCCGUGCGCAUUGUCCUUGGCCGUAGCCCAGGGUGAUAUCGAGAUCCUCGCUAUGAUCCUCGACAAGGAUGAACUAGUCCACCCAGACAAAGGAAUAAUGCCCGGCCUGCUUGAGACCGCACUUUCCCUCCAGAACUAUGAAACCGCCGAGCUUCUCCUUGCCCGCGGAGCAGACAUCCUCGAAGUCAGCCUCGACACGGCCGUCGCGACCGGACGAAAAGAGACAGUCAAGGCCCUCCUCCAAUCUGGCCGAAGAGACUUCCAAAGCGCCCUGUAUGGCUCAGUGCUGCAGAGGGCGUGUACGCUGGGCGAUCUGGAGACGGCCAAGUUGCUUCUAGAGUAUGGCCACGCUAUUAAUCCUAAGAGUCCCAUGGCACUCGGCGGGAAUAGUCCUCUGAUGGGAGCGAUUACGGGAGGGCAUGCCGAGCUCGCCGAGUUCCUGAUAUCGGAGGGCGCGUUUGUCCAGGGGGCGCGGAGUGUUUUUGGGCACGCGAUUCCGACGGCCCUCUGGUUGAAUCGCAAGGAUGUUGUGCGGGUUCUUGUUGAGCAUACCGCUUCGUGCUCUUGAAGGUUAAUUGGGUCUAUCUGGCUGUUGGAGUCCUCGAACUGUCAUGGAGGGAGUCCCUCCCUCCACAGGUAUUUUGACCCAUACUUGCACCAGCAACUUUACCGCCAAAUCCAAAUGGACAGUGCAGUAUAUGGCCCGGAUCGGAACUCGCGGUACCCAGCAUCUGAAGCCUUUUGCAGAAAGCGAAAGCGAACCUUAUCAAGGCGAGAGUCUUCAGUUCCAACACGCCCUCAACCGCCUGGAACAUCGGAAUCUAGUCCGAGUGUCUGGUAUGGCGGUACACGACCAGGAAAAGAAGCGACCAAGACACGGGAUACUCACAACUCAACCGGCGCGAUGAACGAAAAAGGCCGGAUCAUCGCCCUGUUCUCGUGGACGAUUGCCUCCAGGAAGUCUAAUAGCGUCCGCCCAUCCUCAAAUGGUGGGCGAUCGCAAAGUUAUAUGCGUCGCAGCUUGGAUACCCUUGACCUUAAACCCCGUAGCUUUGUUGCGGGGCCCGUGCUUUUGUCAAUGUUCACCCCGGCCGAAACAACCCACGCGGUGGCUGAGAUCGAUAUGCAGGGACAACGAGGAACCUGGAGACGGUAGAUCUCGAGGCGGAUUUCCGCGGGGAAGCUGAAGAAGCAGCCCGGACCCGAGAAAGGGGAACCUGGGAAGACGAAUGAGACUAGUGGGGAUGUGGUUUUCGUUGUACGAGAAUGUGGCGUGUUUAAUUUCCCCUUGUGCGCUUUGACUUUUUGCGGGGCA